AUGAAAGUCGCGAUUCGAAUGUGGUUACUCGCACUCGUCGGGGCGAGUUUUCCUAAUUUAAUCCCACCAAAAUACCUCCACUUCAAAGGCAAUACUUGGCAAUGGGCCAUUAAGUUGCGAGCAAGCGAUAUCAACUCAACCCGUAUCCUCUUCGACGAGCUGGCGGAGCAGAUUGCCCGCGAGCACGAUCUCCUCAAUCACGGACAAGUUGGCGAGCUCAUCGGUCACUACCUCUUUACUCGAAGGCCGGACGAAGAAUCGACUGAUCUGAGGGAGUUCCAGUUGGAGCAAAAGCUCAAGCGGCAUCCUCAUGUCGAAUACUACUCGCCACAGGUGCUCUUAAACCGGAAGAAACGAUACUAUGUUCCAAAGGCGCAUGAGCGCUUCAUCGAAAUGUCAAUCGAAGAGCGUGUCCCAAAACGCGCACUGCAAAACAUCAGCAUCUCAACAAAGCCCCGCGCUCAUAAACUAACGGACAAGCAGUUCAAAACGCUGACAAGUCUCGUGCCAAAGUUCGAAGACCCGGAGUUCGCAAAUCAAUGGCAUCUGUUCAACCGGCGAUUUCCCGGAAACGACUGCAACGUCACGGGCGUAUGGGCGAUGAACGUGACCGGAAGUGGCGUUACUGUCGCUGUGGUAGAUGACGGCGUCCAGUGGGAUCAUCCAGAUCUACUGGCCAAUUACAAUCCCAAGGGCUCCUUCGACCUCAACUCAAACGACGACAAUCCGAUGCCGCAAUACGACGAAAACGAGGAAAACAAGCACGGCACGCGAUGCGCUGGCGAAAUCGCCGCCGUGCCCAACGACGUCUGCGGCGUUGGAGUUUCCUUUGGAGCCAAGUUCUCCGGAAUCAGAGUUCUAGAUGGUCCCAUCACCGAUUCGAUGGAAGCCACGGCGUUUAACAAACAUCUAGAUGUGAACGACAUUUACUCAUGUUCUUGGGGCCCGGAAGAUGAUGCAAAGACCCUUGACGGGCCGCAUCCACUCGCCCAAGCAGCACUCAUUCACGGCGUAACCGCUGGUCGACGUGGCUUCGGUUCAAUCUACAUUGUUGCAAGCGGAAACGGCGGCAACGAAGGAGAUAAUUGCAACUUUGAUGGAUAUGCCAACUCAAUCUACACGAUCACCAUUGGUGCCGUUGACGAACGAGGUGAUAUGCCUUACUAUGCCGAGGAAUGUGCGUCUAUGCUGGCAUCGACGUUUUCUUCGGGCAAUCCGAGCGGCAGGGACACUAGAAAAAUCGUCACCACUGAUUGGACAAUGGGCAGAUCUGGCUCUGGAGUUGCUGGAGCGGGUUGUACCAGCUCUCACACUGGUACUUCUGCAGCUACUCCCUUAGCUGCUGGAAUGGUCGCCCUUAUGCUCCAGGUGCGACCCUGUCUGACCUGGCGCGAUGUGCAGCAUAUAAUUGUUUAUACGGCGCGGCACACGAAGGGAUCCCAUAAGCCGAAGAACGUGCGCUCCUGGUUCACUAAUGCGGCCGGGCUGCAACACUCGGCACAGUACGGCUUUGGACUAUUGGACGCCUGGCGACUUGUCAACGCGGCGAAGGUUUGGAGGACAACGCCCAUGCUCACUUCGUUCUCUCCUCCGACAAUCGGGUACAACGAAAAAAUACGAACAAACGAUUUCCUCCGACUUCAUGCUUCUGUUAGCGAGCGGGAUGCUGCCUUACACCGCGUUAUCACUCUCGAGCAUGUGCAAGUGACAUUAACGAUCGAGCAUCGAAAACGUGGUGACAUAGAAGUCUCGAUUGUUUGUCCGAGCGGGACUGAGUCGCUUGUCGGCCCUAAUCGCGCGAAGGAUACAAGCCCACUUGGUUUCAAAGAUUGGACGUUUUCGACUGUGCGCUGCUGGGGCGAAUCCUCAGUUGGAAAUUAUUAUCUUAUUGUUCGCGACCGCGGAGUCAUCGAUCAUGGAAUUCUUCGCUAUUGGAAACUAACCCUGUACGGCUCUUCUAUAACCUCGGAAGAUGUUCAAGAACGACGCCGAGAAGUAGAAGAAUCCUACAGCGGUGAAAAACUCGACCCCGCGUCGAAUUUUUCUAUUCCUUGUCCGCCAGGAGAAUCAGUUCCGUUUGACAUUACCGAAGCGAUUUCAGAUCGGACGCUGAAGCUUCUUGCGCUCAUGAGCGGACUCUUUGUCUUCUGGUCGAUCUACUUUACGAUCGAGAUGGCAUUUUGCAACACAGACGAGAAAGUGCUCCUGGCAGAUCCAGACGAGGACGAUCUUGAGAAUUCGGAUUCAUUCGUCGAUCCCGCAAGGGCUCCGCAGCUUGGAUCAACGACUGGACAUAUUUCUUGUAUAGAUUCUGUUCUACAAAACAAUGCAAAGUGA